AAAAAAAAAAAUAAAAAUAAUAACAAAGAAAUAAAUUAAAUUUGAAAAAGGCCACAAAAUGGUGGUACCCAGCAAAGUGUUUGAACCACCCAUAUGUGUAAAUCAUUGUUCUCAAAGUAUUUUACAUCCUGGCAUUGGAUGUUUGAGAUAUUUUUUUAAUAAUCUACUGAACAACAGCAUUGGGGGCCUUAAAUAUUUUUCGCCUCUUUUAAUUACCCCACUAGUAUUAAAAUCUAAAACAAUGAAUAAGGAUAUGUUCCUAAGUACAUUAAAAUACUAUUUAAAGACUGUGUUUUGGACCGCGAUGGCAUCAUCAACUUCAUUUUACUGCAUUUGUUUGUUCAGAAACAUUUUGGGACGCUUUCUUAAAUACACAACGCUCUUUAUGCCCACUGUAUUGGGUAUGCAAUUUUUUUGGUUUCUUCCGGAUAAAGCCAUGAAAUUAUUUUGCACUGCCACAUCACAGGCGGUGUACGAGGGUCUGCUAAGACAAUAUCCAAAUACCAUGACAAACAUUCUGCUGCACUCUACGUUAACGCAAACAUUUUUGUUUAUGGUGAAUAGUGCCAUCAUUUUACAUUACAAACGUUUGCAUGUCUAUAAGGAAUUUUGGUUUAUGCAACCCUAUCCCAAAAUGAAAGAAUCCGAUUAUGAACAACUGGAUAAUAAUGCCAAUGUAAAAGAAAAUAGCAAUCCCUCUGUGAUGAAAUGCGUUCAUGGUCACAUAAAAUGCUCAAAGUUUCUAUGGGAUGGCUUGAAAAUUGGGAUGGCUUGUGGCAUACCCAUGGAUUUGUUAAGCGCUCUAAUGAAGGGUAAAGUUCCCAAAGGAUGUAAGGGUUUGGGCACAGCAAUAUGGGCUAAGUUAAAAACCUUCAGACCAAAUAUGGCGGGAUUUUUUGUUUUCUAUGCUGCCAUUUAUAGGCUAUCUUCAUGUCUGCUGCAUAAAUACUAUGGACAUCUUUCGGCAGAUUUGCAGCAUUUAGUGGCUGGCUUUCUGGGAGGCUCAGCCUAUCUAUGGGUGAACAAAGUAUCUUUUUAUACUCUAUCAACGGUUAUUGCCAUACAAGCUCUAUGGGACCAAUUUUGUAUAAAAGUUUCACAGUCGAAUGAUUCGAAAACUUCAAAGCGCAAACCGAAUUUAGCAUUACUUUUACUUAAGGAUAUCUCAUUUUCUCGCAUUGUAUUCUCGUUGAAUAUGGGCUAUUUGGUACAUAACUUUAUCAUUAACUAUGAGGUUUUAAAUGGGCUAACGAGAGGAUUUCUUGAUGGAGUAACUUCAAAUCAGACAAAAAUUAUUCGUGAUUCCAUAACGCAAAACUCCUUGGAAGAACUUGUGGCUAUUGCCAAAAGCAAUGCUGUCAAAACAUUUUUAUAAUAGAACAAUAAUUAGGUUAUAUUGGCAAUAGAAAAUUAUGGAGUUCAAAGUGUAAAAUGCAAGCAAA